AAUUAUAAUUAAGCUCUUCAAUAAGUUUCUUUAUUCUAAAGUCAAGUCAAUUUUAUAUACUUUUUGUUGUCCUCUGCUUUUCUCUUUGUCGUCUUUGCUUUGGAAAGCAAAAGCUUACUUGUACAAAACCGAUCAGCCUCUUCAAUAAUACGAUGAGCAUGUGAGAAGAAGUUGAGUGACGACCUUCUCAUCACAUCGGCAGAGAUGAUGAUGGACAACAGGGCUGAGGCUGAGUACACGAGGGCUAAAACGUCGGUUUGGUGGGACAUUGAGAACUGUGCAGUUCCCAAGGGUUGUGAUGCUCAUGGGAUCACUCAGAAGUUAAGCACAGCCCUGGCUAAUAUGAAUUACUGUGGUCCUCUCUCUAUCUCUUCCUAUGGCAACACAGAUCUCAUCCCUAAAGCUGUUCAACUAGCUCUCUCCUCCACUGGAAUCUCCCUUAACCACGUCCCCUCCGGAAGGAAAGAAGCGAGUGACAAGAAGAUUCUGGUGGAUAUAUUUUUGUGGGUGGUGGAGAAUCCUCCUCCGGCUAAUAUAAUGCUUAUCUCCGGUGACAUAGACUUCUCUGAUGCUCUUCACCGGCUGAGAAUGAGGAGAUACAACAUUCUUCUAGCACACCCUCAAAACAUUUCACCUUCCCUGGUUGCUUCUGCUAAGACCUCAUGGCUCUGGAGAAGCUUAUUAUUAGCAAGUGGGAGUUCGUUCACACAGUGUGGAUCCUCAGGGGUACUUGACAGUUCUGAAAUAUCUAGUGAAGAGGUUUCUAAAUCCACACAAGCAAUGGAUUCAGUGCCUGGUUCUAGUAAGGCUGCGGGAAGUAAACUCAAAGGAAUCUAUGUUCCGAAAGCACCAAAUGAGCUCUUGGUAAAGGAGACGAAAGGAAAGAAGCUUCAAAAGAAAUGUAGUGAACAUUUCUCUGGCAAAGUUCAAUGGGAGCCGAAGCAGAACUUGGAAGUGUUGGGUGAGCCUGAACACAUGGCUGCAGCACCAAGUUAUUGCCAUGAGAAGCACAUGGAGAUAACGAAAAAGGUGGCUGAAGCCGGAGUUGAAGCGAGUUCACAUUUCAACUCGUCCAGUGUGGUGAAGAAGCAAGCAGAGGCAAGUUUUUAUUAUUUGAAGAUGAGAUUUAUAAUAUUCAGUAACAAUUGAGUUUUAUGUCAUGUCACUAACACUAGAAUCCAAAUGUGAAAAAUCAAAACAUGGUUUUGAAUGACUUGACUUUGGGGGGGGGCAGGCUGAAACCAUUGAAGACCAAGAGCCUAUGAAGAAGUGCUUGGAGAAAAAGAACAAAGAA